UAAUUUCCUCGACGGUGGCAGGAAGGCCAACUGCCUCUUCGUCAAGGAAAUUAAAAAGAAAUUAAAAUUAAUUAAGAACUAAAACAUCUUACAAUCAACAUCCAGAAGGCUUAUAAAAACGUCAAACUAAUCUGCAUCGAAAAUCAGAAGGUCUAAAAAAUCAUUACAGCACCCAAAGGAAAUAUAGCCGUUGCCAGUUACACACCACAGUCCUCACCUGCCUCGCCAUUCAAGAGGGAAAAUGCUACUACCAGAGUUCUGAAAAGACUUACAUCAAAUUUACUUGGUAAAGUAAUUUUCUGAGCUCACUUUUUGAUGAAAUUAUAGAUUAUGAUUUUUUGUGGUGGGCAGGUCUGAUGGGUGAAGCAAAUUUGCGGUAUGCCAGAAAUGAGAAGCAAGAUGCCAUCAACCUCUGCAUGGCGGUCAUUCGGCAGGCUCCCAAUUAUGCUGAACCUUUCCAAGCAUUAAGCAUGUUUUAUAAAGAUCUUGGGGAUUACGAAAAGUCAUACCAAUUAUCUCUAAUAGCUGCAUAAUUGUCCCCUCAAGAUGCUGAGGAAAGGAUUCGUCGCUGUGAAUUGCUUGAAUCCAUGGCCGCGCAAAAGGAUUUGCUGAAAGCUUGUCUCACCAUGUUACGAUGUGUCCAACCAGAAAAUGAACAAAAAAGAAAUGAGUGGGUCGUGCUGGCUGUUAGAAUCGCUCGCAUGCAUCACGCAAGCGGACAACUGUAUUCUGCGCGUAGAGCUCUUAGCAAUGCCCUAGUCACCUGUUCCGCGAGUUUCACCAUGGAACAUUAUAAUCUUUUAUUGUAACUCCGAGUUUUGACGAAGCAUUAUCUCGAUGUGAUGAAAGUACUUACUAAACAUUGCGGCUUGGUGUUUAACAAUAAAAAAGUUGAUGCAAUUGACCUCGAAGAGGCAGAAACGAUGGAAUUGACACAGGAAUUACCACUGGACAUUCUCAGCAAGCUUUGUAUUGCACUAGUCUACUCCAAGAAACACGAUUUUGCCUUUCCCUUAAUUGAAACGUUUCUUGAAUAUGAUGUGGAAAGUUUUGGAGAUACAGUAUUUACCCUGACGUUGCCGAGGCCCCUGUGGAAAACGAAUUUCACCAACGAGCUAUGCCAUUGCUAGAAGCGCUAAUAAAAAGCCAAUCGUUUUGUUUGGCGGCGGAAUAAUGUCAACCAUUCAAUGUGAAAGCCAACCAAUUCAUAACCAAGCAAUCCUUCAAGCACUUGAUUAGCCCAUGGAAGCAGCCGGAAA